CUGUCGCCUGCGGACUGCGCCGUGGUCGGCGGGGGGACUGCGGCGCGUGGCGGUGGCGCCCUUCGGGGAGGAUGCCGCGACCAGGACCCAGCGCGGGGGCUGAGACCCAGGCUGGCCGGCCAGGACCCAGGCUGACCUGGGGAGCAAACAGGCGCGCAGAGCAGGGUUCAGGCACUGCGCGCCCCGUGUGCUGCCCUUACCACCCUCCGGCUUCCCGCGGGUUCAUUAGGGCAGGGCCUGCCCCUUUACUUCUCAUCCCCCCCCCUGCCAGUUAGCCCAUUGCUUUGUGUCACUUAUGUGUCUGAGUCAUUGUCUCUCCAGGGCAGGGGCCGCGAUUUUGACAUUUCUUGUCCCCAUAUAGSGUCCUUCUCAGGUUGGGGAUAUUCUAGGUCCUUUGCCUGUGAUACUAACCAUGCCCAGGUGGCUCCAAACAGGACAUUCGAAAACGAAUUUGGGACUACAUGGAGUCAGAAAAUGUAGCUGACUUUCCCCGRCCUGUUCAUCACAGGAUCCCCAACUUUAAGGGGUCUCACCGGGCUUGCCAGAACCUCAAAGACCUAGACGUUUUUGCCAGGACGCAGGAAGUGAAAGUGGACCCUGACAAACCUCUAGAAGGCGUUCGGCUGCUGGCACUGCAGAGCAAAAAAACCUUGCUGGUUCCAACGCCCCGGCUGAGAACAGGAUUGUUCAACAGGAUCACACCUCCUCCUGGAGCCAACAAAGACAUGUUGAGAAGAUGUGCCACCUCCCAGGGGGUGAGGGACUUCAGUGUGCCCGUCGGCUUGGAUUCCAGAGUCCUUGUGGAUCUAGUUGUCGUGGGAUCUGUUGCUGUUUCUGAAAAAGGCUGGAGGAUUGGGAAGGGAGAAGGUUACGCUGACCUUGAAUACGCCAUGAUGGUGUCGAUGGGAGCCGUCCACGAGGGGACGCCAGUGGUCACCAUCGUCCAUGACUGCCAGGUGGUGGACAUCCCUGAGGCGCUCCUCGAGGACCAUGACCUCACUGUGGACUACAUCCUCACUCCAACCAGGGUCAUCUCCACAGGCUGCAGGCGCCCAAAGCCGGCAGGAAUCACGUGGUCCAAGAUCAGCCCUGAGAUGCUUGGGAAAAUCCCGGUACUCAGAAGCCUCCGCGACCGAGAGCAGCGGGCGGGGAAGGACGUCGCUCUUCAGGCUGAGCACCAGCCCUUCCUGGGAUCCGCCGGCCAGCACCCAGCGCUGCCAGGCACGGUCAGGAGGCCCCACGAUGCACCCCGGCCAGGGCCAGAUUCCCUGGAAGCAGCCUGUGGCUCCCGUGAUGGGGAGGAYGUGCCGGCUGCCACCGUGUGUGUGGGGAACCUCCCCCACGAUGCCCGCGUGAGGGACCUGAAGAGAGCCCUCCGCGAGCUCCGGGUGGUGCCCCUGCAGCUCGCCUGGCGGGGGCCGCAGCACAGGGYGCUCCUCCACUACCGGGACCUGGCUGCAGCCCAGCAGGCCGCCUCCUGCUUGCAGGGCCUGCACCUGGGUGACCGUGCCCUGACUGUGGCCCUGGCCAGACCACCCAACAAGUCACCUGGGGGCUGCCCAGGCAGCUAGAGCCACCCUGGGGAGGAGUGGACGUCCUGCUGUGCUGCUGCUGCGGCCCUGGAGACUGUAGCCCAGGGGGUGUAGGGGCGCCUCUGAGGCUCCUGUGCUGCCCCCGUGUCCCCGAGAGGGUGAGUGCGUGCCCUUAGGCCCCCAGAGGGGGACCUCGCCCACACCUUGAGACAAGAAGCUCUGGGACCUGGGUCCCGGUUUUCCUGCCGCGGUGCCCGUCAGGAUGGCAGCUCCCUGUCUGGCCUGCUCCCUGCCUGCGCCAGAGCUGAGGCCGCCCCGGGGAUGGGAGACGUGGCUGCACAGGUGGCCGUCAGAGCUGAUGGCCCUGCCCUGACGCCACCACCUCAGCUCCUGUGCCCAGCUGUGCCCCACACCAGCGCCACCCUCGAGCUGCACGUUAGACCAGUCAGUGAGUCCAGGUGAGCCCAUCCUGGGACUCUGUCCACGGCCACCMAAGUGAUCCCACCUAACCUGUCAACGCGCAAGGAAAUUAAAAUUGUCAUAAAAUAAAAGACUGAUUGAUUGGCAGAGGUCAGUCAGCUGGAAGGUCGGGCUGCAGGCUCUCCCCGAAGCUUCCUUCUGAAGUCGGCCGGGAGGGCACUGCCCGUCCUCUGUGGCCCACAGCCGAGUUCCCCACUAACUGUGGGAUUUAUUUUUUUAAUCCAGUAACAACAAAAACAAGUAAGUGCCUGGAACCUGCCUGUGCAGGUGGCUCAGGGCUUAUUGGGAUAAAAGGACACUUCCAGAAGGAGUGACAGAGCUGGGCAGACACCUCUGGGUUCUAGAUGACAGCUUCUCCCUGGAAGGGCCCCGCAAGAUCCCAGCAGGGUCCCAGGGCACCAGGACGCUGGCAAGCUGGGGAGUAAAUGCUCAGGAGUGACCCCAACAAGCAGAGCUGGGGCUGGACCAGGCCUCAGCACCCCCGCUCUCCUGCAGGGUGCUUGACGGACCGGUGGGUUCAGCUCUGCCAUUUGUUGAAAGGAUGGGUGUGUAGGAGUCCCUCUGGGAGCAGGACAACCCAGACAUAAGGGCGAUGCAGCUCUGAAAACAGCUGUGUAGAGUGCUCAGAAAAUACCAAGGAAAGGAAGGUCGCCCCUUGAUUCAGAGCCACUGUAAUUCCAUGUGUUCUUUUCAAAGA